CACACAGAGAGACAGACACACACACACACACACAGACAGACACACACACACACACACAGACACACACACACACACACGCACAAGGAUGGCCGAGGUGGAGGACGCGAUGCGCGCCGCCGCGCAGUCCUGGUGCGGCGGCGCGCCGAUCUAUCGACGAACCAAUUACAUCCACGAGAUGAGCUGCGGAGAAGUGGGCUCUCAUCUGUACAGUCGGAUGUGCUGCGCAGAUGAACGUGACCGAGUUCAGAAGAAGACCUUCACAAAAUGGGUCAACAAGCACCUGAUGAAGACCCAGAGACACAUCACGGACCUGUACGAGGACCUCAGAGAUGGACACAACCUCAUCUCUCUGCUGGAGGUGCUCUCCGGAGAGACACUGCCGCGGGAGAAAGGCCGGAUGCGCUUCCACAAGCUGCAGAAUGUCCAGAUCGCCCUGGACUUUCUCAAACGCAGUCAGGUCAAACUGGUCAACAUCAGGAAUGACGACAUUGCAGAUGGAAACCCCAAGCUGACCCUGGGGCUGAUAUGGACCAUAAUCCUUCACUUCCAGAUCUCAGACAUUCAGGUGAACGGCCAGUCGGACGACAUGACGGCCAAGGAGAAGCUGCUGCUCUGGUCCCAGAGGAUGGUGGAGGGAUACCAGGGCCUGCGCUGCGACAACUUCACCACCGGCUGGAGGGACGGCAAGCUCUUCAACGCCGUCAUACACAAACACAGGCCCACUCUGAUCGACAUGAGCCAAGUGUACCGACAGAGUAACCAGGAGAAUCUGGAGCAGGCCUUCAGCGUGGCAGAGAGAGACCUGGGCGUCACCCGACUGCUGGACCCCGAGGAUGUGGAUGUGCCCCAUCCAGAUGAGAAAUCCAUCAUCACAUACGUCUCCUCCCUGUACGACGCCAUGCCCAGGGUACCAGACGUUCAGAGCGGGGUCAAAGCCAAUGAGCUGGAGCUUCGUUGGCAGGAGUAUUACGAGCUGGUCACCAUGCUGCUGCAGUGGAUCAGACACCACAUCCUCGUCUUUGAGGAGAGGAAGUUCCCCACCAGCUACGAGGAGAUCGAGGUUCUUUGGCGUCAGUUUCUAAAGUUUAAGGAAACCGAGCUUCCUGCUAAAGAGGCAGACAAGAACCGCUCCAAACACAUCUUCAAGUCUUUUGAGGGUGCCGUUCAGGCAGGUCUCGUCAAAGUGCCGCCAAGUUACCAUCCCUUUGAUGUGGAGAAGGAAUGGGGUCGCCUGCACAUCGCCAUACUAGAGAGAGAACGUCUCCUCAGGACCGAAUUUGAGAGGCUGGAGCGACUUCAGAGGGUCGUCAGUAAGGUCCAGAUGGAGUCCGGGGUGUGUGAGGAGCAGCUCAACCAGGUGGAGACUCUGCUGCAGACGGAGGUGAGGAUGCUGAGCUCAGGGAGACCUGCUCAGCACGCAGCAGAGAUGGAUGCAGACCUGGACAAAGCAGAAGGAAUGAUCCGCUUCCUCUUCAAUGAUGUUCAGCUGCUCAAAGACGGACGCCACCUUCAGGCCGAGCAGAUGUAUCGCAGAGUGUAUCGUCUCCAUGAGAGGCUGGUGAACCUCCGAAGUGAGUACAACUUGCGCCUCAAGUCCAGUGUGACCACCACACAGAUCCCCAUGACUCAGAUCCACACCGCCCAGGUCACCACCCUGCAGCAGGCCCCCAUGAGGGUGCGGCCUGAGCUGGAUGAGGUCACCAUGCGUUACAUCCAAGAUCUGCUGGGCUGGGUGGAGGAGAACCAACGUCGGGUGGAUGACGGGCAGUGGGGCUCCGACCUGCCCACCGUUGAGUCCCAGCUGGGCAGCCACCGUGGCCUGCACCAGUCUGUGGAGGAGUUCCGCUCCAAGAUCGAGAGGGCAAAGGCAGAUGAGAGUCAGGUCUCACCUGUCAGUAAAGCUGCUUAUCGCGAGUAUCUGGGAAAGCUGGAGCUGCAGUACAGCAAGCUGCAGAACGCCUCUAAGGCCCGUCUGCACGACCUGGACCAGCUCCACGCCUUCGUCAUUGCAGCCACCAAAGAGCUGAUGUGGCUGAAUGACAAAGAGGAGGAGGAGGUCAACUACGACUGGAGUGAACGAAACACCAACAUGUCAGUCAAGAAAGACAACUACUCGGGAUUGAUGAGAGAUCUGGAGCUCAGGGAGAAGAAGAUGAACGGUGUCCAGGUCACAGGAGACAAGCUGCUGAGGGACGGACACCCUGCCAGGAAGACUGUAGAGGCCUUCACUGCAGCUCUGCAGACUCAGUGGAGUUGGAUCCUCCAGCUGUGCUGCUGCGUCGAAACCCACCUGAAAGAAAACACCGCCUACUACCAGUUUUUCUCUGACGUGAAGGAGGCGGAGGACAAGAUCAAAAAGAUGCAGGACGCAAUGAAGAGGAAGUACACCUGCGACCGCUCCACCACAGUCACACGGCUGGAAGAUCUCCUGCAGGACGCAGCUGUGGAAAAAGAGCAACUCAUUGAAUUCAAAACUCACCUGGAAGGCCUGAAGCGAAGGGCCAAGACCAUCGUCCUGCUGAAACCACGUAACCCAGCGACGGCAAUAAAGGGCAAGCCCGUCCAGGCCGUGUGCGACUUCAAGCAGAUGGAGAUCACGGUCCACAGAGGAGACGAGUGCGCUCUGUUGAACAACUCGCAGCCUUUCAAGUGGAGAGUGCUGAAUGAUCAAGGCAGCGAGGCGACUGUACCGUCCAUCUGCUUCCUGGUUCCGCCCACUAAUAAGGAAGCUGUGAACAGUGUUGCCGGACUGGACGGAAACCUCCAGAGGCUGCAGACGAUGUGGCAGACGAUGUUUGUGGACAUGAAGAGCAUGCAGUCCUGGCAGUACCUGAUGAGAGACAUCACCAUCAUCAAGACCUGGAACGUCACCAUGUUUAAGACCCUGAGGGUGGAGGAGUACCGUCUAGCACUGAGGAACCUGGAGCUGCACUACAACUUCCUGAGAGACAGUCAGGACUCCCAGAUGUUCGGGGCGGAGGAUCGCAUGCAGGUUGAGUCCAACUACAACAGAGCCAACCAGCACUACAACACAAUGGUCAGCUCUUCAGAGCAAGGAGAGCAAGACGAGUCGGCGUGUAAGACGUACCUGACGAAGAUCAAAGACCUUCGUCUGCGGCUGGAGGGUUGUGAGAGUCGAACAAUGACACGUCUCCGCCAGCCUGUGGACAGGGAGCCGCUCAAAGCCUGCGCCCUGAAGACUGCGGAGCAAAUGAAAGUCCAGUCUGAGUUGGAGGGCUUAAAGAAAGACUUGAACUCCAUCAGUGAGAAGACCGAGGAGGUCCUGGUGUCUCCUCAGCAGACCGCCUCCGCCCCGAUGCUGCGCUCCGAACUAGACGUCACGCUGAGGAAGAUGGACCACGUCUACGGCCUCUCCUCCGUCUACCUGGACAAGCUGAAGACCAUUGAUGUUGUGAUCAGAAACACUAAAGACGCAGAAGACACACUGAAGAAUUAUGAGACUCGUCUGCUCGAUGUGAGCAAAGUGCCAGCCGAAGAGAAGGAGGUGGAAGACCAGCGCAGCCAUCUGAGCGAUGCACGCUGAAGCGGAGGGCCGACCAGGGUGGUAUUCGACCGCCUGCAGGACGAGUUGAAGAAGGCAAACGUUUGUCAACGCAAGAUGACGAGGAUCCACGGCGAGCGCGACGCCGAGCUGGAGCAUUACCGCCAGCUGGUCAACGGCCUGCUGGAUCGCUGGCAGGCCGUUUUCGCUCAGAUGGACCUGAGGGAACGGUAGCUCGACAUCCUCGGGCGCCACAUGAACUCCUACAACGGAGCUACGAGUGCUCAUCCAUUGGCUCGGAGAGCGCGGCAGAGGCCGGAGAACAUUCAGGCUGUGCCCAUCAGUGACAGCAAGGCUCUCAAGGAGCAACUGGCAGAGGAGAAGAAACUCCUGGAAGAGAUUGAGAAUAAUAGAGGCAAGAUUGAAAAUUGCCAGAAAAAUGCAAAGGCUUACAUUGAUUCAGUCAAGGAUUACGAGCUCCAGAUUUUGACUUACAAAGCCCUCCAGGAUCCCAUUGCAUCUCCUUUAAAGAAACCCAAAAUGGAGUGUGCAUCUGAUGAUAUCAUUCAAGAGUACGUUACUCUGAGAACCCGCUACAGUGAGCUGAUGACUCUCACCAGCCAGUACAUUAAGUUCAUGACGGAGACGCAGCGCCGCCUGGAGGAGGACGAGAAAACUUCAGAGAAACUGAAAGAAGAGGAGAGGAAAAGGAUGGCAGAGAUACAAGCUGAGUUAGACAAACAGAAACAGUUGGCGGAGGCUCAUGCUAAGUCAGUAGCCAAAGCAGAACAAGAGGCCCAGGAGCUGAAGCUGAGGAUGAAGGAAGAAGCCAGCAAGAGGCAAGAUGUCGCGGUGGAUGCUGAGAAACAGAAGCAAAACAUACAGCAUGAGCUGCAUCAUCUGAAGAGUCUGUCUGAGCAAGAGAUCAAGUCCAAGAGCCAGCAGCUGGAGGAGGCACUAGUCAGUCAUACCAAAAUCGAGGAGGAGAUCCACAUAAUUAGACUCCAGUUAGAGACAACAAUAAAACAGAAAGGCACCGCUGAGGCCGAGUUGCAGCAGCUCAGAGACAGGGCUGCUGAUGCUGAGAAGCUCAGGGAAAGCUGCUCAAGAAGACGCAGAGAGGCUUCGCAAGCAGUGACUGAAGAGACUCAGAAGAAGAAGAAUGCAGAAGAUGAGCUGAAACGGAAAUCCGAGGCAGAAAAAGAGGCUGCCAAGCAAAAGCAAAAAGCAAUGGAUGACCCAGAAAUUCAAAUGCAAGCAGAGGAGGCAGAGAGGCGCAUGAAACAGGCUGAGGAGGAGAAGCUGAGGCAGAUCAAGGUCGUAGAGGAGGUGGCACAAAAGAGUGCUGCCACACAGCUGCAAUCCCAUUCCAUGUCAUUCAGUGAGAAGACUACAAAACUGGAGGCAUCCCUUAAGAAAGAGCAGGGCACUGUUCUUCAGUUGCAGGAGGAAGCCGAAAAACUCAGGAAGCAACAAGAGGAAGCGAACAAAGCCAGGGAGCAAGCAGAGAAAGAGCUUGAAACAUGGAGACAAAAAGCCAAUGAGGCUCUCCGCUUGAGGCUGCAAGCUGAAGAGGAAGCUCAAAAGAAGAGUCAGGCUCAAGAGGAUGCAGAGAGGCAGAAAAUAGAGGCUGAGCGGGAUGCCAAGAAAAGGGCUAAAGCUGAAGAUGCUGCUCUUAAACAGAAGGAGAAUGCAGAGAAAGAGUUGGAAAAGCAGAGGAAAUUUGCAGAACAAGUGGCCCAGCAAAAGCUGUCUGCAGAACAGGAAUGCAUACGACUAAAGGCCGACUUUGACCAUGCUGAACAACAGAGGGGCCUGUUGGAUAAUGAGCUCCAGCGUCUGAAAAAUGAGGUGAAUGCUGCCGAAAACCAGAGGAAGCAACUGGAAACCGAGUUGGCCAAAGUCAGAAGUGAAAUGGAUGCUCUUCUGCAGAUGAAGAUUCAAGCUGAGAAGCAGACGAUGUCCAACACAGAAAAGAGCAAGCAGCUUCUUGAGUCUGAAGUGUUGAAAAUGAAACAACUUGCAGAUGAAGCAACUCGACUGAGAUCGGUCGCCGAAGAGGCAAAGAAGCAGAGGCAGACUGCGGAGGAUGAGGCAGCGCGGCAGAGAGCUGAGGCAGAGAAAAUACUUAAAGAAAAACUGGCCGCCAUCAACGAGGCAACUCGUCUGAAGACUGAAGCUGAGAUUGCCCUGAAAGCCAAAGAAGCAGAAAACGAAAGACUGAAAAGAAAAACUGAAGACGAAGCUUAUCAGAGAAAGCUGCUGGAGGAUCAAGCUGCUCAGCAUAAACGAGACAUACAAGAGAAAAUCACACACCUGAAGAGCUCGUCUGAUUCUGAGUUGGAGAGACAAAAAACAAUCGUGGAAGAAACUCUGAGACAAAAGAAGGUGGUUGAAGAGGAAAUUCACAUAAUUAAAAUCAAUUUUGAGAAAGCUUCAAAAGGCAAGUCGGAAUUAGAGGUGGAAUUAAAGAAGUUGAAGGGUAUUGCAGAGGAAACCCAGAAGAGCAAACUCAAAGCUGAGGCAGAGGCUGAGAAACUAAAAAAGUUUGCUGCUGAGGAAGAGAAGAAAAGGAAGGAAUCAGAGGAGAAGGUGAAGAGGAUUACUGCAGCAGAAGAAGAGGCAGCUCGACAAUGCAAAGCCGCUCAGGAGGAAGUUGAACGUCUCAAAAAGAAAGCUGCUGAAACAAAUAAACAGAAAGAAAAGGCUGAGAAAGAAGCGGGGAAGCAGGUUAUUCUGGCCAAAGAGGCAGCACAGAAAUGCAGUUCAGCAGAGCAGAAAGCCCAAGAUGUCCUCAGCAAGAAUAAAGAGGACAGCCUCGCUCAGGCAAAGCUGAAAGAGGAGUUUGAAAAUGCUAAGAAGCUUGCACAAGCGGCUGAGAAGGCCAAAGAGAAAGCGGAGAAAGAGGCUGCCUUGUUCCGACAAAAAGCUACAGAGGCUGAGAAGCAAGAAAAAUCUGCAGAGGAUGAAGCCGCCAAACAAGCCAAAGCUCAAAAAGACGCGGAGAGACUGCGUAAAGAAGCAGAGGAGGAGACCUCCAAGCGAGCGGCAGCUGAGGCGGCAGCACUUAAGCAGAAGAAGCAGGCUGAUGAAGAGAUGGCCAAGCACAAAAAAACAGCAGAACAAGCGCUCAAGCAGAAGUCCCAGGUUGAGAAGGAACUUACAAUGGUCAAACUGCAGCUGGACGAGACUGACACGCAGAAAGCUGUGUUGGAUGAGGAGCUUCAGCGAGUUAAAGGUGAAGUAAAUGAUGCCGUCAAGCAAAAGGCACAGGUGGAGGAUGAACUGUCCAAAGUCAAGAUCCAAAUGGACGAGCUCCUGAAACUUAAGCUUAAGAUUGAGGGAGAAAACCGGCGCCUCAUGCAGAAAGACAAAGAUAAUACACAGACUCUACUUGCGGAGGAAGCAGGGAAAAUGAAGAGCUUGGCGGAGGAUGCUGCCAGACUGACUGUGGAAGCUGAGGAAGCAGCCAAACAGAGAAAGACCGCUGAGUCUGACUUGGCUGAACAGAGGGCACUUGCAGAGAAAAUGCUAAAAGAGAAGAUGCAGGCUAUCCAGGAGGCGACAAAACUUAAAGCGGAGGCCGAGGAGCUCCAGAAACAGAAGAACCAGGCACAGGAAAAAGCUAAGAAACUACUGGAGGACAAACUUCAGAUCCAGCAGCGCCUUGAUAAGGAGACAGGGGACUUCCAAAAAUCAUUAGAGGCUGAGCGGAAGAGGCAGCUUGAAGUUUCGGCUGAAGCGGAGCAACUGAAAUUGAGGGUGAAAGAGCUCAGUGAUGCUCAGUCAAAAGCUGAAAAGGAGGCUAAGAAAUUCAAAAAGCAAGCAGAUGAAGCAAAAGUGCGUCUCCAGGAGACAGAAAAACAAACUACAGAAACUGUUGUGCAGAAGUUGGAGACACAGAGGCUGCAGAGCACCAAAGAGGCAGGUGACCUAAAGGGGGCCAUCGCUGACCUGGAAAAUGAGAAGGAAAAACUGAAAAAGGAGGCAGAGGAACUUCAGAAAAAAUCUAAAGAGAUGGCAAAUGCCCAACAAGAACAAAUUGUGCAACAGCAGGCCAUUCUUCAGCAGUCUUUCCUCGCAGAGAAGGAACUGUUGUUGAAAAGAGAAAAGGCUGUUGAAGAUGAGAAAAGAAAGCUUGAGAAACAGUUUGAGGAUGAGGUCAACAAGGCUAAAGCUCUCAAAGAUGAACAAGAACGUCAGCAGAAGCUAAUGGAAGAGGAGAAGAAGAAACUGAAGGCCAUUUUGGAUGAUGCUUUAAAGAAGCAAAAGGCGGCUGAAGAAGAAAUGAAAAACAAACAGAAAGAAAUGGAAGUGCUUGAAAAGAAAAGGCUUGAACAAGAAAAACUCCUGGGAGAGGAAAACAAAAAGCUCAGGGAGAAACUUCAGACUCUGGAGGUCGCCUCCAAACAGGGUGCCUCCAAAAUGAAGGACAUUAAAGUCCAGACUGAUGAGGUUCCUGAGGAGCAGUUAGUUGCCAUGACAACGGUGGGAACAACAAAGAAAGUUUUCAAUGGGUCUGUUGAAGUGGACGGAGCGAAGAAGGAUGCAGAAUCACCGUUUGCAUUUGAUGGAAUUAGAGAGAAGGUUCCUGCUAAAAGGCUUCAUGAAAUUGGUGUCCUGACCAAAAAGGAAUUGGACAAAUUGAAAAAGGGUAAGGUCUCGGUGCAGGACCUUGGAAAGACUGAUAAAGUGAAUUCAUGUCUUAAGGGUCAGAGCUGUGUCGGAGGGGUCUUGACUCCAUCCAAAAGAAAAAUGAGCAUCUAUCAGGCUAUGACUGAGAACAAGAUCACGCCUAACACUGCCACAAUGCUCCUGGAAGCUCAAGCAGCUUCUGGUUACAUCGUAGAUCCAGUAAAAAAUAAACUCCUCACUGUAGAUGAGGCUGUUAAAGAUGAGCUAAUCGGCCCUGAGCUUCAUGACCGGAUGCUCUCUGCAGAGCGAGCGUCCACUGGCUUCAAAGAUCCCUAUACCGGAGCCAGAAUCUCUCUCUAUGAGGCCAUGAAGAAGGGACUUAUUGAAAAGGAGCAGGCCACCAAAUUCCUAGAUGUACAGCUUGCAACUGGCGGCAUCGUUGACCCUAUCAAUAGCCAUAGAGUGCCACUUCAGACUGCCUACAAGCAAGGUCAGUUUGAUGCAGACAUGAACCAAAAACUCACUGAUCCCAGUGAUGAUUGCAAGUUAUUCAUUGACCCCAGCACUCAGGAGCAACUCACCUAUAAACAGUUGCUGGAGAAAUGCUCCAAGGAUGCAGAGACAGGACUCCUGAUAUUACCAGUAACCGAGAAAGCUGCUCAGAGUGAGAGAACAUACACAGAUCAGGAGACCAAAGACGUGUUCAGUACAUCAACUGUUGUUGUGCCUUUUGGAAGGUUCAAAGGCAAAACCGUCACCAUUUGGGAAGUCAUAAAUUCUGAAUAUUUUACAGAAGAGCAAAGAAGAGAAUUGAUUCGCCAGUACAGGACAGGCAAGAUCACGGUAGAGAAAAUCAUCAAAAUUGUCAUCACUGUUGUGGAAGACAAGGAGAAGGAUAAAGAAAACGUGUUUAAUGGUUUGAGGGCUCCAGUCUCUGCCAGUGAACUGUUAGAGUCUAAGAUUAUAAACAAAGACUUGUUCAACAAACUGAGUAAUGGCAAGAUAACGGUGAAAGAGAUCUCUGAGAUGGAGCCUGUGAAGAAGGCGCUACAAGGAACACCGAGCAUUGCUGGACUACUGAAUGAACCAACCAAGGAGAAAAUGCCUUUCUAUCAAGCUAUGAAAGAGGAAUUACUGUCACCAGAAACUGUGUCAAACCUUCUCGAAGCUCAAGCAGCGACUGGGUUUGUAAUCGAUCCUGUCAAAAAUGAGAAGGUCCCUGUUGAUGAAGCUGUUAAGUCGGGUCUUGUGGGCCCAGAACUCCAUGAACGACUCCUGUCAGCAGAGAGAGCCGUCAGUGGCUACAAAGAUCCAUAUACAGGAAAGAAGGUGUCUCUGUUUGAAGCCAUGAACAAAGGCCUCAUAAAGAAAGACCAUGGCAUCCGUCUGCUGGAGGCACAACUCUCAACAGGUGGAAUUAUUGACCCUGUUAACAGCUAUCGCAUCCCACAUGAGGUGGCCUGUAAGCGUGGAUAUUUUGAUGAGGAAAUCUGCAAAACCUUGAACAAAAACACUGACGACACAAAGGUGUUUUAUGAUCCUAACUCACAAGAGCAUUCAACCUAUGCUCAGCUCAUGGAGAAAUGUGUCCCAGACAAGGAAACUGGACUUCUAUUGCUUCCUCUUUCAAAGAAGGCUGCAAAAAAGCCAAAAGAAGGCAAACAGGUUACAGAGGCGGAGACAAAAGAGGCUUUGAACCAUUCAACCAUGGAGCUGGACUAUGGCCCUUUCAAAGGCAGAACAAUCACAAUUUGGGAGAUCAUACACUCUGAAUACAUCACUGAGGAGCAAAGAAUACAGCUGAUUCGCCAGUAUAGAAUGGGGCAGGUGACAAUUGAGAAGUUGAUAACGAUUGUGAUAACAAUGGUUGACGAAAAAGAAGACAAAACAAAGGAAGAGGCCUGUUUUGAAGGCCUUAGAGCACCAGUCACUGCCAGCGCUUUGCUUGAUUCCAACAUCAUUGAUAAGGCUACAUUUGACCAAAUUCAACAGGGUAAAAAGACACCUAAAGAGGUGAGUGAAACUGAUAAAGUACAGAAGUACUUGCAGGGCACAGACCGCAUUGAUGGUAUCACUAUGGGAGAUGCAAAUGAGAAGUUAAGCAUAUAUCAAGCAAUGAAGAAGAAUGUUUUGCAGCAAAACACUGGGCUUGCGCUACUUGAGGCCCAAGCUGGAACUGGUUUCAUAACUGAUCCGGUCAGAAAUCUGAAAUACUCUGUGGAUGAUGCUGUGAAGGAUGGAGUAGUUGGCCCAGAGCUUCAUGAAAAACUUCUUUCAGCUGAAAAAGCAGUGACUGGAUACAAAGAUCCGUAUACAGGCAAUACAAUUUCUCUAUUCCAAGCCAUGAAGAAGGAACUUAUCCUGAGGGAGCAUGCUAUUCCUCUCCUGGAGGCUCAGUUUACUACAGGAGGGAUCAUUGAUCCAGUCAGCAGCCAUCGUGUUCCCAAUGAUGUGGCCAUUCAGCGUGGCUUUUGCAGUAAACAAAUGUCGAAGUCCUUCAAUGAACCCUCAGGCGAUGUUAAAUGCUUCACCAAUCCCAACACCAAUGAAAGUGUUACUUACAAGCAGUUGGUGGAGAAAUGUGUAAGAGAUGCCAACUCUGGUCUUUGCUACCUGCCUCUGUCAAAGGUCGAAGCUCCUACUCCUGUUGAGAAAUCGUACCACUACACAGAGGAGCAAGCCCAAACAGAUCUAGCUGAGACUCAAAUUGAGAUCCCUCAUAAGAGUUUUGAAGGAAAGACUAUGACCAUUUGGGAAGUCAUGAACUCAAAUAUGCUUCCUGUGGAGGAGAGACUACGCCUCAUGGAGCAGUAUCGCUUGGGACAAAUCACAAAGGACAGAAUGCUUAUCAUCAUCAUUGAACUCAUUGAACAAAGAGAGACUCUAAAGUCGGAGCAGAGCAUGUCAUGUGAUGUAAUCAGAAGAAGAAUUACUAUUGAAGAGUUAUACAGUGCUCGAAUUAUUGACUUGCAGACAUACAACCUCUUGAAACAAGAAAUGAUGACUAUUCGGGAGGUAAUGGAAAUGCCGUCAGUCAAACAGUACCUCUUUGGUACAGGCUGCAUUGCUGGAAUCAUGUCAGACAAUCCUCCAAAGAUCAGCAUUUACCAGGCAAUGAAGAGCAAACAGAUUAAACCUGAAGUUGCUUUGAAUCUCCUCGAGGCACAAGCAGCGACAGGAUUCAUGAUCGAUCCAGUGAAAGAUGAACUUCUAACAGUAGAUGAAGCGGUACGCAAGGGGCUUGUGGGCCCUGAACUUCAUGACAAACUUCUCUCUGCUGAAAGGGCAGUUACAGGUUACAAGGAUCCGUACAGCGGGAAAGUGAUUUCUCUCUUCCAGGCAAUGAAAAAGGACCUUGUUCCUGAGGAUUAUGCCUUGAGGCUGUUGGAAGCCCAGAAUGCCACUGGUGGAUUAAUUGAUCCUGAUUACUACUUCCGCCUCCCUACAGAUGCUGCCAUGCAGCGUGGAUACAUCAACAAGGAGACACUCGACAGAAUAUCUGAACCUACUGAGGAUGUGCAAGGCUACACUGAUCCAACGACCGAUGAAAAACAGUCCUACGCCCAGCUACUGAAAAGAUGCAGAGUUGAUAAAGCAAGUGGUUUGCGGCUGCUUUCACUAGCAGACAGAAGACUUCUCUUCAAGGGUCUCAGAAAGCCAAUCACUGUGGAUGAGCUGCUUCGUUCACAGAUCAUCAACCAAAAGACAUACGAUGAACUCACAGAUGGUACCAUUUCAGUGGAGGAGGUCAGCAGAGAGGUGAAGAAAUACCUGGAGGGUACCAGCUGUAUUGCUGGUGUGUUUGUAGAAUCUAGCAAAGACCGCCUGUCUAUCUACCAAGCAAUGAAGAAGAACAUGAUCAGACCAGGGACUGCCUUUGAGCUCCUUGAGGCUCAAGCCGCCACAGGAUAUGUAAUUGAUCCUAUUAAGAACCUGAAACUAACAGUCCCUGAUGCUGUUAAGAUGGGUGUUGUUGGCCCAGAGUUUAAAGAUAAACUCCACUCUGCUGAACGAGCAGUCACCGGCUACAAGGAUCCUUAUUCUGGCAAGAUAAUCUCUCUAUUCCAGGCUAUGAAAAAGGGCCUCAUUCUGAAAGAUCAUGGCAUUCGCCUGCUAGAGGCUCAAAUUGCUACUGGUGGAAUCAUUGAUCCAGAGCAGAGCCAUCGCUUGCUUGAAACAGCCUAUGAACGUGGCCUUGAUGAGGAAAUGAAUGAAAUCCUCACUGACCCAUCCGAUGACACAAAGGGAUUCUUUGACCCCAACACUGAGGAAAAUCUCACCUACCUGCAACUGAUGGAGCGAUGUAUGAUUGACCCAGAAACAGGCCUCGCUCUCCUGCUGCUGAAAGAGAAGAAGCGCGAGAGGAAGACAUCAUCCAAGUCCUCUGUUCGCAAACGUAGGGUCGUCAUCGUUGAUCCAGAGACGGGGAAAGAGAUGUCUGUGUAUGAGGCGUACCAGAAAGGGCUCAUUGACCACCAGACCUAUCUUGAGCUGGCAGAGCAGGAGUGUGAGUGGGAGGAAAUUACCAUCACCUCAUCUGAUGGAGUUGUGAAAUCCAUGAUCACUGACAGAAGGUCUGGUCGGCAGUAUGACAUUGAUGAUGCAAUCUCAAGAGGCCUGAUCGACAAGUCAGCUGAUCAGUACCGUGCAGGAACUCUGUCCAUCACAGAGUUUGCAGACAGGCUAUCUGGAAAUGUGAGCGGUGUCCGAUCACGGUCAUCCUCCUUUGGCUCCUCUUCCUCUUACCCCAUGACUCCAAUCCCUUCCAUCAACGCACCAGCAACCAUAUGGAACGACCCAACUGAGGAAACUUGCCCUGUGGCUGGAAUCUUAGACACAGAAACACUAGAGAAGGUGUCCAUCACAGAGGCCAUACAGAACCUUGUGGACAAUAUAACAGGUCAAAGGUUGCUGGAAGCUCAGGCUUGCACGGGAGGUAUUGUCGACCCAAAUACGGGAGAGAAAUUUGCUGUUGCGGAUGCAAUGAACAAGGGGCUUGUGGAUAAAAUCAUGGUUGACCGCAUCAGUCUCGCACAGAAGGCGUGCAAUGGAUUUGAGGAUCCUAGAACCAAAACCAAAAUGUCAGCAGCCCAAGCUCUAAAGAAAGGCUGGCUAUACUAUGAAGCUGGCCAGAGAUUCCUUGAGGUCCAGUAUCUCACUGGUGGAUUAAUUGAACCAGAUGCUACCAGCAGAGUCCCCAUCGAUGAGGCCUUAAAGAAAGGCACCUUAGAUGCACGCACUGCUCAGAAGUUACGAGAUGUUAGUGCAUACUCAAAAUACCUCACGUGCCCUAAAACUAAGCUGAAGAUCUCUUACAAGGAUGCUAUGGAAAGGAAGCAUGAUAGAGGAGGGGACUAGGUCUGUCGGCUACUUGAAGCAUCAUCCCAAUCAAGCAAAGGCCUGUACAGCCCCUACAGCGUCAGCGCGUCAGGCUCCGCUUCUGGCUCACGGUCCGGCUCCAGGUCGGGCUCCAGAAGAGGCAGCUUUGAUGCCACAGGAUCAAGUUUCACAACAAACUUCUCUUCCUCGUCCUCUUCCUAUAGUUCACCAAGUUAUGGCCGCCGAUACUAAUGAGUUUGAAAGUUAAGCAAUGAUUUUCUAAGGGAAGGACACACUAAAAAGCCACAGUGCUCACCAGAUGCCUACUUCUCAGUGGAAUAUGGACUACUUUUAUUCUGCUCUGCAUGUGGCUAUUACAGGACUUUAAUACAAGUUAAAUAAUUAUGUUUAUUUUAUGUGUCACAUUUACUUUUAGUUAUGUCUUUGCUAUGUAUCAGACUUUCUGAUUACCGUACUGAAAGCAGCAUACGCAGGAGCUGUUUAUUAUUUCCAAUAUCUAUAACAAAGGUUUCAAGUGUAUAUGGUAUCUUUUUUCGUUUGGAUUUUUUUUAAGUUUAACGACUUACUGUUCCACAAACAGGAUGUUAUUUACAAUAUUGUGCGUGUUACACUAGAACUGCUUAUUACCUGAUUGAACCAAACAAACAUUUCUGUACAUGUGUACAUUUCU